CCCCGGGGCCACGGCCCGUGCGACUGGGUGUCAGUCGCACACGGGACGGGACGCACGGUAAGCAGCAGCCCGAGAACGCCGCGCCACCACCGACAGCAGCAGUAGCACCAUGGCGUGCGCCACGCUCAAGAGGUCCUUGGAGUUCGACCCGGUGCACAGCCACGGCCGGCCCAACAAGCGGCGGAGGUGCAUGCCGAUAUCGUGCUCGUCGCCCGGCGCGUCCGCGUCGUCGUCGCGCGGCGCACCGCUGCCGCAGAAACCGUCGCCGUUCGGCGAGAUAGCCAGCAAAUUGACGCCUGAAAAGAUGGCAGCCAACAUCAGAGAAGAAAUCCGCAGAUUGCAGCGACGUAAACAAUUGCACUUUCAUCCUCAGACCAACAGUGGCGAUUCAUCAGACAUGGAAGGACCUUCCAGUCCUUCUGGUCCGUCUGGCUCCUCGUUAACUCCCUUUAGUCAUAAUACUAGCGGAAAGGAAAAACCACUUUUCACAUUUAGACAGGUUGGCUUGAUUUGCGAACGAAUGCUCAAGGAACAAGAAACGCAAAUCCGAGAAGAGUAUGAUCAGAUCUUACAUUUAAAGCUCUCCGAACAGUAUGACGCUUUCGUCAAAUUUACAUACGAUCAGAUACAGAAAAGAUUCGAGUCCGCAGCUGCACCGAGUUAUCUAUCAUAAGAAAAGAUUCUUAUUUAUAAGAAAACAUUUCUGUGAGGAAUAUUAGAUUUCUACUGUGUGAGACAAAUUUCGCUUGCGCCGAGGUCUGCAGCGCCGCCUCGCUUCAGGAAUCAACUUUAAAAGGAUAACAAACCACGGUUUCAGCAGUGUUUAAUAAAAAAAGGACUAAAAAAAGAGAAAAUGGGGGAAAGGAGAAGAAAAAAAUAAUGAUUAGUAACGUAAGUUCGUAGAGAGAACGAGAGAGAGAGAAAGGGAGAGAGAGAAAGCAAAUUGCGGAGAAUUGUAAACAUAUUAUGAAAAUCUACCAUGUAUACUUUCGAGACUAACAAUAUUUGUACUGUUCGACAUUAGAAGUGCGCUGGUAUCAGGGAACUGAUUCUACUUAUGUACAAAUGUUAUUACGGUUAAAAAUACGAUAUGUGUACACAGUGCAAGACUAUAGCGCCGCGAGGCUUGAUAUCCAGCUGAGAGAGCGAGAGCGAGAGAGAGAGAGAGAGAGAAUGUGUGCGAAAGAGAAAAAGCUGAGAGAUUUCUUUCUAGCUUAUCACACGGAUAUAUUUUUCUCUUAGCUUGUUGUUUGGGAUAUUGUAAAACGGGCAGAAAUUUUGGAGAUUCUGUGCUUAUCAUACAGAUAGAGCAUUGUGUCGAAUACUAAGUAAGGUAUUUCAGUAAGUUUUUUUUGUUCGUUUGUCUUGAUGCUACGACAGUUUAGAUAUUGCUCAAGUAUAUACGGCAACCAAUGCUCUAAGCAUCUUAUUGCAAACGUGUGAGAUGACAUUUUGCGACUUUUGAGGUAAGAGACAGCGUGCAUUCGCGAAUGAUUGCCUUUCUCGAAUCCUAACUGCUCGGCGAGGAGUGGAACGGUAUUUAGAAUUCGAUGUAUGAUUGCGUAAAUUAAGAAAUUAAAUAACUCUAUGUCUUUUACUUGUAAACUGAAAUCUACAAGAAUACGUUAAUGUAAUAACUUGUUAAAUUGUGCUGAAUUUGUUUUGAUUGAUUCGCGAGUUACAAUGCGCUCGCAUUAAACCUUAAUGUUUUCUUUGCCUAGAAAAUUUUCUGUUUUACUAAGAUUAAUAAUUAUAAAAAGGUAAAAUUGAAUGUUUUCCCUGUUGUUUUCUUAUUGUCUUUCAAGUAAAAUUCUUGUAAAAAGAAAAGGAACGAUCUCAUUUAAGAUAUAAACGUUACGAGAGCUGUAAAAGUGUCGGGAUAAUAUUGUAGAUUAUAGUAGGUAUUGUACGAAGGCAUUGUGAAGCGUAACUAUUUGGAAUAAAGAUUUCAUAAAAUCUCGUCACGCACAGCAUUUCUGUUCCCUGGUAGCAACGAAUUUCUGUAGUUGUAAUUAAAAAAAAAGUGCUGAAUAAUGAAUAUAACUAUAUAUCGUACUCUUUAACUGUGCCUAUUAUUAGACAUAUUUGUCACGAUUAUUACUAUUACUAUGUUAUUAUUUACUGUUAUCGCCGGCGUGAAAAAAAUUUUUUAUAGUUUAUAGCAGUCCAGUUGUACGUGGAGUACUACAUCCUGCGCGCGAUAUAUUUUCUUCCCCUUUUUUUUUUACUCGAUUAAGAUAAGAAUCCUGCGAGUCUUGGUGGCUGCGUGCAUUUUUUUCGUGUUCCAGCGUGAAAAUUCUGUUCCGCCGAGUAUUAAAAAAAAAAAAGAAAGCAUUUUAGAGCACCAAGUGGAAAGUUCUGUAAGCACAAUGUAAAGUGAUCUUUCGAUCGACUAUAUGCCUAUGGUCACGAUUGUCUUGGGAAGCGAUACAAUUUCGAGGGGCAUUCGAAUUACUACUGCCUUUUUCAUAUUGCGCAAAAGAAAGGAAAGAAAGUGUCUCUCAGUUACCACAAUAUUUUUGGGAGCAUCGUUACGCCGAUGGUGUUCACGCUCACACACGUAUACACAGAAAAGUAUAUAUAUGUUACAUCGACUGUCUAUCGACUAUUGAAUGUGAAGAAAGGAAAUAAAUUACGAGAGAGAAAGAGAGAAGAAGUAUAAGUGGGUUUAAUUAUUAACACUAAGUAAUGUCUACUUGAAGCUCGCAAUAGGUAUCGUUUACCGUUGAAGAAAAUCGUGGAAACGCGCACGAGCGACCGUUUAACCAAUUCAGGGGAUUUUGUUUAAACUGCAGAAAAUACCUCCGUAUUAUUGUGUAAACAUUCAUUAUCGAAAUAAACUUAAGACUGAA